CCCCCCCCCCCCCUUUAUUCCUCUCAAAAAUAAUAGACAUCAUUAAAAAACUUCCCCUUAUCACAAAGAACAUUAUCACUUCCAGAAAUCACCUAAAUACGCAAUUAUUACGCAAUGAACUUCGCCGGAAAGGUUGUUUUAAUUACAGGCGCUAGUAGUGGUAUUGGCGCACGCACAACACAAAAGUUGUCACAAUUAGGAGCUACUUUAAGCUUAACAGGAAGAAACUUAGAAAAUCUGGAGAAGGUGGCAAGCGAAUGUAAAGGAAAUGAGCCUUUCUUAGUUCCAGGAGACAUAACAAAUGAGAGUGACACAAAAAGGAUAUUAGAGGAGACAAUUAAAAGGUUUGGUAAGCUGGAUGUUCUUGUUAAUAAUGCUGGAAUUAUUGAAACUGGAACGAUUGAAACUACAUCGCUAGAACAAUAUGACAGAGUCAUGAAUACGAAUAUUCGCUCAAUAUAUCAUUUAACAAUGUUGGCGGUUCCAUAUUUAAUAAAAACACAAGGGAACGUUGUCAAUGUGUCAAGUGUUAACGGAAUUCGCUCAUUUCCUGGCGUCCUUGCAUACAAUUUAUCAAAAGCUGCAGUCGAUCAAUUUACUAGGUGUGUGGCUUUAGAAUUGGCACCAAAAAAUGUUCGCAUAAAUUCAGUUAAUCCAGGUGUGACAGUAACAAAUCUCCAUAAAAGAGGUGGCAUGGAUGAAGCAACUUAUGCCAAAUUUUUAGAGCAUUCUAAAACUACACAUCCUCUUCAAAGACCAGGAACAACUGAUGAAUUGGCAAAUGCAAUUAUAUUUUUGGCGAGCGAUCAAGCUACUUUUAUAACUGGUGCUUCUCUCCCUGUCGAUGGAGGCCGUCAUGCAACAUGCUUACGUUAAUUUGUUGAAUAAAACCUUUUUUAAUGAAUCCGAUUUUCCACUCAAAUGUGCCUUUAUUGAGAGAAAUAAAAGUCCCGUGUGUAUGUCAUUUAUGUAAAUGAAAAAUUGGAUUUAUUUGCUGUCAAUUUAAAAUUCGAAUAAAAUUGAAUCUCUGUGAAUUGACUGAUGAUACUACAAUAAAAACAAAUAUGCAGCGACCAGAUGCAAUCUAAAUUUAUUCCAAUUAAAAAAACAGAAUCACAGCAUCUGAAUCAAUAAACAUUCAUAAAAAAAAUCCCAUCAAGUUUUCAAAAACAUGAAUGAAUACAACUAAAUCAUUGAACCGGCAAAUUACAGGAUAUAGAAUCACCAACACACAACAAAUUUGGAGGAGUGAGAUGAAACAAAAUAAAUGUUCCCUUGCAAUUUUUAUUGACCCGAUAUCGAAUGUCCAGUAAUCGGACGUAACAUAAAUUCUAUUGGCGCUUCAACAAAAACAAUUUUUCAGUUUCAAUCUCAUUAAUCGCAUCUCAUUUUGCAGCUUUCUAAUGCGAUAAUGUAAUGCGACAUUGUUAUAACAUUGGAUGAAAAGCUAUGGAGCACAAAUAAAUUGACACGAGUAUGGUCAGUAGCCCAUAAAAUAUAGCGAAAAUGUGCAUGACAGAAUGGAUAUAAUACAAUAAUAUGAAAACCAGCAAUGCACUUCAUUUAUCAGUCAGUCACACAAUAAUGUAGAAUGACCUGAAUCAAUGACUAUCCGUAGUGUAGUGAGCAUUACCGGUUAUAAGUUUCAGUCCACUUAACAGUGAAAUUUGCACUUUUAUACAGUAAAUAAAUGAUGUCAAAAUAAUUGAUGAAUAUCGAUUCCAUCUCAUACUUCACAAUACAAAAAAAAGCCACAAUUCAUACGUUUAUAUCUUUUUCCCUCUGUAGGAAUGUAUGCUUGUAUACAUGCUUUGAU